CGGCGGGGACGCAGCCCUCAAGCUCUCGCCCCGAGCGCCAAGAUGCGUCGCUGCUCCUCUCGGUACCUCCCGCUGCUCCUGCUGGCCGCGUUGGCCUCCUCGGCCGCGCUCGGACGCGCUCACGCCGGACGCGGCGCGACGCUCGCCUCCUACAAACAGGACCUCGUGGGCUCGUCCCUGGCGGAGGCGGUUCUUUGGGACCUCCUCCGCAUGGAGAACCAGGCCACGGAGGACGACGAUGACGAGCGAGGGCCGAGGCGGUCCGGGGAAGCCGAGGACCGCGGCGACGACCCCCCGCGGCGGCGCUCCGCUCUUCGUCUGGCGGAGGUCGCGGGGCCUCGUGAGAGGAAAGCAGGAUGCAAGAACUUCUUUUGGAAAACCUUCACAUCCUGCUGAGCGGUUCCUCCGCAAAAUGUUCUUUCCUUUCUGACCUCAAUAAAAAAAACCUUUCCACCA